CCAUAGUUCAUAGGCAUUAGGCACAGAUUUCACAGAAGCAACAGGGGCAAUUUUUAUUUUAAGCGAAACAUCGCCCCCGUACUAGAUUAUUAUAACGGGGAUAAAACAUACCUAACUACAAUGAACUACCUAUCUACAUUUUUGACAGAUUUUUCAAAAACUGAACACAUCGAUGCAUGUUCUAAGAUCACAAUGAAUUAAUGAAUGUCGUCACUCAUUGGAUUUUGGGAUAGUUGAACGUUGAACAGUCAGAUUUUAGAUUGCCAAUAUGUCAUCGUCUUCUGCUCGUGCAUAUGAGUGGAAUUGGUACAGUAAACCAAUUAUUAACCAUAAGCGUAAGCAAAAAUGUGUUCUAGAAAAAUGUGGUGAAAAUCAUCCAUUAAAAAGUUUAACUGAAGUAACCACUAAAAAUGCACUUGUUAAUGAUCCAUUAUCGUCCACUAUUACUUAUGGGGAUGAUCCACUCAGUCGACCUGCUCAGUUAAUACCCACUGAUUUUGAUGAAAUAGAUAAUGACUGUUUUGAUGAUGUUCAAUCAUGGUCUAAUUUUAAACAGAGUAUAUUAAACAGUUAUACGACUUCUGAAAAGCUCUCAUUUCAUGCAUUUUCAAAAAAUCUUCAGAGUGCUACAAUACGAUCGCGUCUUGAAGAACUAGAAGAAUUUGAUGACCAGAUGGAAUAUUCAGAAAAAGAACUAUAUGACUUAACGCAACAGGAAUUUGUAACGCAUAUGGAUAACUUGGGUAAAGAAAUUAUAGAGGCAUGGAAUAAUGAACAAAGAGUGAAAGCAUUGAAAAUAGUCAUACAGUGUACCAAGAUUUUAAGUUACACUUCACCAUUGCAAUUUUAUCCGAGUAAAUUUGUUUUAGUAACAGAUCUAUUAGACUUAUUUGGAGAUCUAGUAUUCAAGAGACUUCAAUCUAAAUCAGAAAUAAUUGAUGGUCGCGUAUCAAAACUUCCAGAUAAUUUCACUCCUGAUAUGGUGCCAGAUGCAGCAAAAGAAACUUGUCAAAAUUGGUUUUUUAAAAUUGCAUCCAUCCGUGAGCUUAUACCUAGACUGUACAUUGAAGCAGCUAUUGUACGCAGUUAUCGUUUCAUUAAACCAGAUGAACAAAAUGUUGCUCUCUUAAGACUUAUAAAAAUGGUAAGAGGUAUUGGUAAUCCAUUAGUUGCAUGGUAUGCAAGAUGUUAUUUGUGCAGAAUUGGUGUUUUGACAAAUUUAAGCGUAAAUUAUUUUGAAGAAAGCUUCAAAGAUAUCUUAUUGACAUAUAAGCAGUUGAACAAUAGAUUUGUGUGUAAAGAGAUUCAAACUCAAAAUAUGAAUAUGGACAAAUUUUUUCAACUUUUGUGCCCGGCAUUAGAGUGGAUAGUAAAGGGAUUAAGUGCUGGUAAAGAUCCACAUAGUCUUGAUGAAAUUAUUCGGUGGUGUACUUUACAAAACCUUCAUGGUCUUCUAAUCAACACUAUAGUGAUCACAUUUCCUGGGAAUUAUCUCUCAAUGAAAGCAGAAUAUCUUAUUAAUUUAAUUGCUAAAUGGGAAUAUGAUGUUUUUCCGCAAUCUUUAGUUGUACAAAAUCUUGGUAUAAGUUUGAGAGGCCAUUUGGUACCAAAUGCUUCAAAUGUUUUUAGAGAAGCAUGGAAAAUAGUGAAUAAAGUUAAAGACUCUGAAAGGUUUAUGUCAUGUGCUGAAGCAUGGAUAUACUUCAUUGUAAAGCAUUUUAAGAAUAAAGAAAUAGGUGUCUUUAUGGAUGAUAUAACAAGACAUCUGAGCAAUCGUGUCGGAAUAGAACGGUUUCAUACACAGCUUCACAACAUUUUGCAACAUCUACUGAAUUACAUAGAAGACUUCGAGGAUACAUUCCAUAUGAACUAUUUAUUGCCGUACUUGGACAUGUUUGGAUCUGAUACAAAUAAAUCAGCAAGGUGCAAGAUUGUGUUGGAAGCGUAUCGGGCGCGUGGUGAGAACGUCGAGUCCAGUGAUCCCUUGAUCAACGAUUGUCUGAUGUACAUGUGCAAGAUUUUACAUGAUUCCGUCGACUCGUUGACCGUCGAAGACGAAGUGCGUCAAAUUAGUCGCUUGAUAGCCUGUUUUAUAUUCCGUGUCGAUUAUGGCAAUGAUUUAGAAAAAUAUUUGAAUUUUUAUAUGGAAGCUAGGGGAGCGUUCAUUAGGUUAGACUAUGUGCAAUCCGCACUCGUACAGUGUGUCAACAAACUUAUGGUCCUGUCCGUAUCGAAUUCAAGGGCCCUGGUUAAGAACUCUUUUGCCCGUGCCUGUUCUGCGUACUGUUACAUUACCAUUCCAUCAAUAACUUCACCACUCGUCAAACUUCAACUAUAUAUUUUAACUGGACAGACUUCGUUGUUAAAUGGUUGUCUAGGACAAGCGGACGCGUGUCUUAAAGCAGCUUCCAUAGCGGUCAGCGAUUUUCCUGCGACGUUGGAAGUGGACGGAAUUAUCAUCGACGCUGAACCUAUACUCGUCUCAUACAUUAAGCAAAUGCUGUCGAUCUUACUCGUCGUGCCGGAUUGUCCCGAUCUUGAAGUGUUGCACCAGAUGAAGUUGCUAAUCAGAGCUAUAAAACAAUAUUCGUGGACUGAUCCUAUGCAACCACAUAUGCUCUAUUUGUACGUACUGGACAUAUUAGCCACUGCAACUCUGGAUACGUAUCCUUACAGAAUACCCGACGUGGACUCCAAUGAUGUACUGUAUGGUCGUGAACCACAGUUUGUGGCUGAUGUAGACUCGAUUUGUACCGUGGUGUUGGACAAUAUACUUGAACGAUUGUAUAGUCUAGUGGAUAAACCAAGCAGCCAAUCAAAAUUGGCGUUUGAAUUACUCCUGCACGUUGUUGUUAGAGCGGACUUGAACGAAAUCCAAAUGGCCACAUUAGCAGUCAACCUCUGGAAGUUAUCAAAAAAAAACAAAACGGCUAAGGACUCCAAGAUCAAUGAAAAAAUGUUAACGUACAUUAUAGAGUUUUGUGAAAACGAAGAUGAUGAAAUUUAUCAUAAAUUUAUAAACAAAAUCACAGGAAAGCCCACUGGAUCAUCAAUUAAAAAAGAAUAGUACCUAGUAUAGUUUAAUAUAAUAUUACAUUUAUAUUAUUUAUAUUUAUAUUUAUUAUC